AUGGAGCUGUUGGAGCAAGUCCAGAGGAGGGAAACCGAGAUUAAUUAUGAAGAUCAAAUAAGUAAAAUUGUUGUAGAGAAACAGGAACUUGAAUGGCAGAAGGAAACGCUGCAACAUCAGAUGGACACAUUGCACCAACAAAACAAAGAAGCUAUGGCAGCUCUUAAAAAACAGUUACAGGCAAGGAUGAUGGCCAUGGAAGAAGAAAAGGGAAAAUAUCAACUUGCUGUAGAAACAAAGGAAAAAGAAAUCGAUGGACUGAAAGAAACAUUAAAAGCUCUACAGAUUUCAAAAUACACUUUACAAAAGAAACUGAAUGAAACGGAUCAAAAAUUACAGAUGCACUUAACAGCAAAAGAAGAGCAUCAUAAGAAACUGAAUGAAGUUGAGAAGUGUUAUGCUACUAUUGCAAGUCAGUUUGGAAUCAUAAAAGGUGUUCAUAGAAAACUGGAGCAUAGCGUACAGGAAGCAAUACAGCUCAAUAAGAAACUAACAUCAGUGAAUAAAAGACAAGAGACCGAAAUAAGUAAUCUGAAGGAAGAACUGAAGAAAGUAACUACAGACUUGAUAAGGUCCAAGGUCACAUCUCAGUACAGGGUGGCAGAAGAAAACAUCAAUCUUGCAGCAAGGGAAAACCAGUUUCAACAACUGCAACAGAAAAUCAGAAUGGAGACAGAAGUUAGUAAAAAAAUUCAGGAAGAAAACACUCACAUUAAAGAAGAAAAGCUGGAAAUUCUCAGCUCUCUACAAUGUGUGCAGGAGGUGCUUCAGCGAAUAACACAAACGAAUGCGAGAAUGGAAAGUGAAUUAAAUGCACUGAAAGAAGAAUAUAAGACCCUUGAAAGAGAUAAUGAGCUGCAAAGGGAGAAGGCAAAGGAAAAUGAAGAAAAGUUCCUUAAUCUUCAGAAUGAGCAUGAGAAAGCACUAAGAACUUGGAAAAAAGAUGAGGAAAACAUGAAAAAAGAAAUAGACACUGUUAAAAAUGAGCUGAAUUCCCUUAAAGAAGUUCAUAGAUAUCUUGAAGAUUCUCAUCCUCCUCAGGGAAAUCAGCAUUCUGAGCAAGUGGACAAUCUGCAGGUGCCUUCAGCAGUGCAGCCUGUACCAAGACAUAUGAGUGGUAAAGAACACUCAAAAGACAGCGAAAUACAGCCUAUUCAGAAAGACAAUGAGUGUAUGCAGUCUGUAAUAAGACAAGACAGUAAUUUUGGACAUGAAGAAACUGAAGUAAACAGCACAAUGGACUCCUCUUUAAGCACUGAGGAACUGCAGACAGAACAAAAUUUACAAGUUCUUGAAAACAGCUUUAAGGAUGAAAUUAAUGUUGCUAGCCCUCAUGAAGAAAAGCAAAGGGAGGCUUCUCCCAGGAAUACCCUCUGCACAGAUACUGAUUUAAUUACCCAAGGACAGACCUCAGAAAUACAUGUCACUGAGCACAAAGAAGCAGAAAAUCUGGAAGCAACAUGUAGAAUGUUCCUGGAUGAAAACAGUGCACAUUUAGAACAGAAGCUCCAGGACAGCACGGAGCCAGUGGCAGCAUGCCACAUGCAAACAACAAAAGUCAUUUUAGACAGUGCUGAUGCUGUAGGAGCCUGCAGAGAAAAUGGAAGUCGGGAGACUGACUCUAGCAAGCAAGAAUUGUGCAAUAGUACAGAUGAAUCAAUUUGUACUAAGACACAUAAAAAAUCAAAUGCUGUACAAAACAACAAAAGCACCCUUACACCUGAAGCACCUGAAACUGAGUCUGAAGCAGUUCUUUGCACUAGGAAUGCUGUGUAUGAGAGAAGUACGGAUAAUCAUCAAGCUAAGGAAUUAAGUUUUGGUAUCCCAUCUUAUCUUAAAGAAAAUUCUCAAACUGAAUACCAGAAAUCUAGGUCGCUGGACAGUGACAAUCAUGUAGGCAGUGGACUACAUCAAACAGAAAAAGUCUUGUUAAAUCCAAGUGGUUUGUGUAUAGAUAAACCUUCUUUUAAACAGACACACGUAGAUGCAGAAGAAAAGAAUUAUGAAGACAAUACCAGAAACAAAACUAGGAAUGGUACACUGUGGAGUCCUGAUGUACCAGCAGCUGGUGCUCAGAAUAUCCCAACUGUUUAUUGUGACAAUGCAAGCGGUGAUGAUGCCACAAAAGAACGCAGUAAUAACACGUUUCUCUUACGUACUUUCAAUUUAUGCCUCCCAAAAAUAGAAAGAGGGAUAAAUGUGGAUGACACGCGCAGCAAGCAACCUGAACAAGACAGAACUGAACAAACAGGGAAUGCUACAAAUACGUGUUCUUUGAACGCUGAAGCCAUAUCUCCAGUAAAGGCUGAUGGUCUUGAAAUAAUUGCUCAUAAAAAAACCCCAGCAGAUACAACUAUUAGUUCAGAUAAACUAAUUCCACUUAAAAAAGUGAAUGAUGAUAUUCAGAUAUGCUCCAUCAAAAAUGGGCAUUCCCUGGAGAUUAAUAAUUCAACAAAUAACACAUUGUUAAAAGAGAAAAAACUCUCGCUGACUGGUACAGUUCCAGGAAGGAAGUUUGCUGAGGGUCACCUGAAAGAAUCAUGCUCUUUACCCAUGAGAACAUCUGGAAAUUUAGUAAAUGUAAGUGGAAGGUCAUCCUUUGAUCUUUCAACCUCAGAUAAAAAAGCUGAGAAAACUCCAGUAUACGUAAAUUUUUUAGACCUCGGUUCUUGUUCAAGAGUAAAUCAAAUGAGAGGUCAAGCUGCGUGGACUUCAGCCUCCACAGAACCUUCCCUUUCGAAAGAGAAACUGCCAGGCUUAGUGGAAAACACAAACGUUACUUCAAAAACACAGUGCCAAAAUCUCGAUGAGAAUGUUGACAGAGGAGAAACAGGGCUGGGUUCUACCAGUUUUGACAGAGCUGCCGACACUUUGAAUACCUCCAGUAUCCACCGAGCCCCUAAGGGAGACCCUGGUGAAGACUGGAAUGCUAUAGCAAAGACUUUUUAUGAUUCUUCUUUUCCCACAGAACAUGUGAAAGGAGGAUUUACUGCUUCACAGCACGAGAAGUCUCCUCAGGUGACUGUGGCUCCAGCAAGAAAUGCACUUGGCAAGGACAGCUGUUCUAGUCAUAACUCCAUCAUACAAAACCAAACAGAAGAAAUUGAGAAAUUCUUGAAUUUGGAACAACUUCAUUCAGCAAGGAAAAGAAAAUAUGAAGAAGACCAGUGA